AUGGCGGACUCCAAGGCCGAAGCGACGGUUCAGCAUGACGACAAGCAGCGUUCCGAGCAACUCGAGGAUGCAAAGGUCGCGGCCGUGGCGGCAUUGCCAACGACGGAGGUGAAUGACAAGCUUACCUUCCGCGACUUCUGGGACAACAAACGAGUUUUGGGUUUCUGCCUUUUGAUUUAUCUCUUACCCAUAAACUUCGGUUAUGAGGUCACAACCAUCGGAAAGCUCCUCGCCGUCACACCGUUUGCUCAGCGUUUUGGUCACGAGAUCGACGGGAAAUGGGUUGUCGCAGCCCGCGACCAACAGAUCCUCAAUGCCGGCGGUACGAUCGGUAUCUUCGUCUCAGCAUUCGCAACAGGAAUCAUCAGCGACUUCAUCGGCCGAAAGCGAACCAUCAUCAUCGCCUGCUUCAUCUGCUGCGGUGGUAUCAUCCUCCAAUACUUCAGCACGACAGUCCUCAUGCUCUUUGGCGGCAAGGCCGUAGCAACUUUCGGCUUCGGUUUGGGGCAUUCGCUAGGCCCUGUCUUUGUGGCUGAGCUGGCACCUGUCAAGAUGCGCGGUGUUUGUCUUGUGUUGGUCAACACCAUGAUCACCAUCGGCCAGUGGCUCAACUCCGUCACGGUCUUGGGAAGCGAUCACUACCACAACGACUUGUCUUGGAGAAUUCCCCUCAUCACCCAACUGAUUCCUCCUGGUCUCCUCCUGCUUGGCCUUCCCUUCCUGCCCGAGUCUCCGAGUUGGCUUCUUAUCAAGGGCCGACGCGAAGAGGCUGCCAAGUCUUACCGACGAUUUAACGGACCCAAAUUCGAUGUCGAUGGUGCCAUGGCUGUUGCGACGAUUGCCAUUGCUAAAGAGCAGGAGGCCAAGAAGGAACAGGAGUCUAGCCGCUGGCUUGAUUGCUUCAGGGGCACGAACGGGCGCCGCACUCUCAUCAUCGUGAUGGUCUACCUGUCUCAGCAGGCCAUCGGCGUAAACUUCGUUUCGGGAUAUCUCACUUACUACUUCCGCCUUGCUGGUGUCAACAACCCUCUGGCCAUCGGACAAGCGGCGUAUGCUAUCCAGUUCGCAGGCAACAUGACAUCAUGGCCGCUCGUUGAUCGAUACGGACGACGCCCCUUGAUCGUCGGCGGUGUCUUCGUCAUGACUGCUCUUCUGUUCCUUAUUGGUGGUAUCAGUACCAUUGGCACCCAGACUUCUCUCUCAGCAACUGUCGCUUUCAUGGUUAUCUGGGGAUAUUUGUACCAGGCAACUCUUGGUGCCGUUGCGUACUCCGUCGGUGGAGAAACUGCCAGUGUGCAACUCCGGCAAAAGACCUACAGCAUCAACAUUAUGUCCUCGACCGCAGCGUCUUGCCUUGUUCAGCAGGUGAUGCCCUAUCUCAUCAACACGGAUCAGGCCAAUUUGGGCGGUAAGGUGUGCUUCAUCUUCGCUGGCCUCUCUCUACCAAUGUGCGCCUGGCUCUACUUGUACUUCCCCGAGAUGAAGGGACGCAACUAUGCCGAAAUUCAGGAAAUGUUCAGCAACAACGUGCCGGCCCGUAAGUUCAAGACUUACGUGUGCGAAGUCAGCGCCGGGGGCCAAGAGGAGAAGAAGCUGCAGGAUGAGGCAUGA